UUCUGAAGUGCCAUAACCGGUUGGUGGUUUGGGUUUCUUUUUUAUUUUUAUUUUUGGUUUUUGGGUUGCUUUCAUGAGUUUGUCUAAGUUCAGUUUCAUGAGUUUCUAUGUAUUGCCUUUUUAUUAUCACCUGGUUGUGUUGCAUGUCAGAUUCCUGUUCUUUUCCUUCAUUUUGGUUCCCUGUUAUGUUCUGUUUUGCAUUUUGGUUGUAGUUAUGACAUUUUAGGAUUAUGGUUCUGCAGAUUUGUAGGUUAUGGAUUAUUUGUCAACUUCAAUGUUGAUUAUAUAUCUCUUUGGUCUUCUGUUCAUGAAUUUUUUGCAGCUUUAAUUGGUUUUGAUUUUGUUUUUUCCAGGUAUUUUUUUUCAGAUAUUUAUUAUGUUUUCAUAAUGGUGCUUCCAUCAUGUUUUUGUCAUUAUUUUAGGUACCGUUCUGGUGAAUAAUUUUCUGAAGCACAUUGAGAUAAGAAAACUUCUGAAUGUAAGAACGAGCCCCAGAAUGCCCUCACAUCUGUUGAAAGGAUUGAAAUGGUAGAGAAUGCUACUGAGUCUACGGACUCACAGUCAACUGAUGCUCCACCUGUUGCUUGCUCAGUUAAACCUGAGUACAUUGCUAUUGUGGAAUGCAAUCUGUUGAAUGCCUGGCCCAGCGUUUUGAAAUCCUUUCCAAAUUACCCUGCUCUGGAGCCUACGUGGUGUGGUAGUUUUGAGAUUCUCGAUUCAGUUUCUCGUAGUGAAUUUUUUGAUGGAUGCCUGGCUCAUCCUCCUGGUAAAGUCCAUCAUAAAGCUUUAGAAUUUUCAAAGCCAAUGCCUGGAGUGCUGUUGUGUACACUGCUUCCUGGUUCUGAUGUUUGGGUGGAUGUUUUUCAUGAUGAUUGUCCAAAUUUGGAGGAUGUUUCUCUGUAUUUUUUCCCUGACAGUUAUGAGAGGUCUAAGCAGCAAUAUACUCACCUAUUGGGUCACAUGGAGACACAAGAUCUGGUAAUAAGGAGCUGUGUCGAUGGUGUAGAGCUGCUGAUUUUCUCAUCUACAAGGUUGCAUGGAGAUUUAUGUGGAUUGAAAUUGAAAUUGAAAUUCUUAUGUGGAGUAUGCCGUCAUUUAAAAAGCAAUACAACAUUUCCUCUGCUUCCUGUCGAUGAUUUGAAAUCUCAAGAAUGCACACAAAAUUUUUAUGUCAAGACCAUUGGCAAGAAGUAUUUACCAAAGGUCAAAACGGAGCAGUUUGAUGUCCUUGAUAUUGGUCCUGUGUUUUCGAGAAAAGCUGCCGAUGAUGCUGCUCCAUGAUAGUCUUGAGAUAGUAGUCAGCAAGUUUAAUGAAAGUGAAAGAUACGGUCAUCAGGUCUAGGUCGAUAGUCGAUUGCGACAGAACUUGUAAGUUUUGACUAGUUCAGGUACUUCUAAAACUGUGGAAGUAAUUGUUCAUACAAAUAACAUGCAAGUGACUAUCUUGGUUGUAGGUAGCUAGGAUUUGUGAAAUAGAUAAAUGGACAAAAAGACGUGACAAUAUAACCUGCCAAACCCUUUUAGAAGAUUGGAAAUUGUAUCAUCUUCUAUGAGGUACCGAUUUAAUGCAUCCUGUUCAAUAAUAUAGUGAUUUUUGGUUGCUGUUGGAGACCAACUUCAAGCAUUAUGUCACAUUGGCAUUUCCUGGCAUUAUGUUAUAUUUGGAUUCAUCUUGUUGUAAGCUAAACAGCUGUGGCCUUUGGAGGUCAUCCGGCCAAUCUUGGAUCGGACCGAUGACCAUCUUCUCGUUUGACAUUGUCUCAUGACCUAUGCAAUAAUAUAGUGAUUUUUGGUUGCUGUUUGAGAUCAACUUCAAGCAUUAUGUUACAUUGGCAUUAUGCUACAUUUGGAUUCAUCUUGUUGUAAGCUAAACAGCUGUGGCCUUUGGAGGUCAUCUGGCCAAUAUCGGAUCGGACCGAUGGUCAUCUUCUC